UAACCCCUCUGUUCCCUGUCUGUGGAGACCCUAACCCCUCUGUUCUCUGUGGCCUAUCUAGGAUGUAGUGCUGUACUGCCUGGAGAACAGGUUGUGUGACGUCAAUCACCGUGACAACGCGGGCUACUGUGCGCUGCACGAGGCAUGUGCACGUGGCUGGCUUGCUAUCACUCAGCACCUGCUGGAGCACGGUGCCGACGUCAACUGUAGCGCCCAGGAAGGCACCAGGCCCCUCCAUGACGCGGUGGAGAAUGACCAUCUGGAAGUGGUCCGUCUGCUGCUGUCCUACGGAGCUGACCCAACCCUGGCUACGUACUCUGGCCGCAGCCUCCUCCGCAUGACACACUCCCACGGCAUGGAGGGAUUCCUCUCUGAGUAUUUUUCCGACCUGAAGGGGCGUGAAGACACUGAUGAAGGCAUCUACUGGGAGUUUUACGGCAGCGCCGUGUGUGAGUCAGGUGAGGACCCAGCAGCCUAUGACAUCCUGGCUAACCCCCCAGGCCCAGGAGAGGAGGAGGAGGAGGAGGACACGAGGCAGGGCUUUGAGUUUGAGUUCUCUGACCGACCCCUCCUGCCCUGCUACAACAUUCAGCUCUCCCUCUCACAGGGUCCCAGAAACUGGCUGCUCCUAUCAGACGUCCUGAAGAGACUCAGAAUGUCCUCCAGGGCGUUCAGGGCAGCCUUCGCCCAUCUGGAGGUAGCAACCAUCGCCGAGGCAGAGUUCUACAAGCAGGCGUCACUGUCGCAGCUCUUCUCGUGCCCCGACGAACUUGCCGCCUUCCUCCCCGACAGCAAGGAGCUGCUGGACCUGGUUGAGACCAGCUCGGAGCUGGCUGCGCUGCUGGGCUCCUCGCUAGAGUGUUUGGACAGCCGAUGGGAGCCCAAAGGGGCCAGGGUCAAAGCUAAAGCCCGCUCGUGACCCUGAGAUACACACACAGAGGGUGACUCUCAAUAAAAUCUACUUUCUCCUGAAGUGGACACUCCUUCACUAGUUCCCACAAAUCUGGUGCAGUUAUUUGGCUAGUGGUAGUUUUCCACCAUGUUUCUUAUACCAGUCCUUUCCUUUCAAAUCGGUGCAGGGAAGUGAACACUUUGGGAGGAAGGAGAGAGUAUUGGGACGUAGCCAACACACACACAUGCUCCAUGUGUACGUUCCCAUGUCCUGUGAGGACUGGACGUUGAAUACUGGACAGUAUCCCUUCAAAGAGGAAACAGACCCCAGCGCCACACAAACUGCAUUUUUUAAAUAAAUAUAUUAUAUAUGUAUACAUUAACAGCCGAUUUAAUUUGUUCUAUAUAUAUAUAUAUAUGUAUAUCCAUACUGUAUAUCUGCUGCUUUGGUUGUCAUGUUGUGGUCAGGUUGUGGGUUUUGACACUGUUUGGGUUGACUAGGCUAGUGAACAGGUCAGGAGCAAUGUGAGUCGAAUGUGGACCUCUGAGGUAAAGGUUAUUGUUUGACUUUGGAUCAUGGCAGUGCACUUGAUUUGAGCUUUACCGACCCAUUGGACUUUGAUAGAUAUAUAUAUAUAGAGGUGAACUGUGACAAAAACAUUUUAGCACUCAUGGCUCAUCCCAAAGAUUUGGGGAUUUUUAUUUUCAACAUUGUCUAAAAACCUAGCUUUAUUUGUCUCUUAUUUAUAACAAUGAGGAAUUAAGAUAUUUGAUGUGGGUUUUUUGUAAAAUAUAAAUGUAAAAUACUACAAGCCAUUUCAAUUGAAGAGUGAGAUUCAUGCUUGAACUUGUAAAUAAGAUGACCAUUUCAGUAACUGUUUUUCUGACUGGGGUGUUUGAUUUGUUUGUUUUGGCAAUGUAAGUGUUUAAACUUUGUAAUUAAAUACACUUAUUUGUAUUUAUAUUUUACAAAAAAGUUCAUUUAAAUAAAUCGCAAUAAAAGUGAA